ACUAACGUACGGCAGCCUCCGCUUUCUCAAUUAAUAUUCAAGUGUACAAUUAGUUGUUUAUAUGGUGUAAUCGUAUGAUUUGAUAGAGAUGCACGGCAAAUGCCCUCUUUGGCAGGAACUAGAACUCUUGUAAUUGUUGCAAACACUGCAGCAGAGAACAGACAUUUACACGUCAAUCUGGCAACUUCACUUUUCGGAUUUGUUUCAAGAACGCUGUGUUCGAGCGUGUACUGUAUCUCACUGUUUUGCGCGAAACCACGCUGGUUCUCUCAUCGAAGUGACCAAACCGAAUCUACUGAUAUGCAUGCAGAUAAUGGAUAUUUGCGCUUUCUGUCCACAACUCCCGAAUUUAUCGAGAUGGAUUAUUUACUGUGAGUUUCUUAAUAACUGUUUUUUUACUGGACGUCUCAUGGCAGCACAAGAGGUAAUUUGGUCGCUCACGUUUUACGGGAAGACAAACAUAUAGCGUUAUAUUGCAUUCUUUUACGGAGUGUUUAGGAAAUCUUCUGGUAUAUUGCGCACCGAGAAAUUUUAUCAUAUUCUUAACGUUUGUGAGGUCAUUUGACACGCGAACAUGAAUACAACAAUGGAACAUACUGGGGUUGAAGAAGUCAACCAGACUCACCAACAACAUGAGCCUAUCAGUUUCGGGAUCGACCAGAUCCUCAACAGCACGGACCAGCCCAGCAGCUGCAUGUUGCCGAACCGGACCAGCGACGCGGAUUACCCGCUGGCCUCCAACGUCUACGGCAAUGGCUACAACAGCGUGUAUAACCCGGCCUGCUCCAUGGCCGCGGGACUCGCGGGUUCUUACAAUGUCAACAUGAACAUGAACGUGAGCAUGAACAUGAACGUUAACGUAAACUCGGGUAAUGCUGGCGGGGUGAUUCGGGUUCCGGCCCACAGGCCGAUGCCGCCAACGCCCCACCCACCGCCCCCAACUCAUCCGGCGGGUAUCUCGGCCGGCAUGCCCACCGUGCCAACAGUGUCUACCAUGGGAAACGUGGCGAACUUUACGUUUCCUUGGAUGGAAAGCAGUAGACGGUUUGCGAAAGACAGAUUGACAGCGGAGCAGGCAGCGGAUGCACCGGUGGGAGGCCCGUGCAGCAGGGCGGGGCCCCCAUCCCUGGCCGGCCUCCGCCCUGUUUCCGAGGGGGAGCUGAGCGGGGCCCCCGUCUGGAGCUCCAUGGAAGCGUUAGCCAAACACUGUUACCCUGAUCUCGCUCUGCUGCGAGAUGCUAGUCCCCUCCUGGACUACCCCUUUCUCAAGGGCGCAUGCCCAGCGGCCCUGUCGCCAUUCUCUGUCACCCGUCGGAUCGGGCACCCCUAUCAGAACCGGACGCCGCCCAAGAGGAAAAAGCCGCGGACCUCCUUCAGUCGCGUGCAGAUCUGUGAGCUGGAGAAGCGAUUCCACCGGCAGAAGUACUUAGCGUCAGCCGAGCGCGCCACGCUGGCCAAGAACCUGAAGAUGACCGACGCACAGGUCAAGACUUGGUUUCAGAACAGGAGGACGAAGUGGAGGAGGCAGACUGCAGAGGAGCGGGAGGCAGAGAGGCAGCAGGCCAACCGGCUGAUGCUGCAGCUGCAGCAAGAGGCCUUUCAGAAGACCCUGAACCAGCCCCUGCAGCAGGACCCACUGUGCCUGCACAACUCCUCCCUCUACGCCCUGCAGAACCUGCAGCCCUGGGCCGAGGACAAUAAGCUGUCCGUCUAACAGAGGGCGGAGCUAAUCUUCAACCAUCCGUCUAACGGAAGGCGGAGCUAAUCUUCAACCAUCCAUCUAACAGAGGGCUGAGCUAAUCUUCAAAUGUCUGUCCAACAGAGGGCAGAGCUCAUCUUCAAAUGUGUGUCCACCUGGACGGAGCUCAUCUUCAAAUGUGUGUCCCACAGAGGGUAGAACUAAUCUGGGGGGGAACUAAUCUGAAACAUUUGACAGAUUCUAUCCUCAAGCCUGACUCACUCAAGGCUGGCCUGCAGGUUACCCCCUCUCACUUCCCCCUUGGAUUUCAUGGACAUAUGUCACACAGGUUCCAUAUGUGUCUGUAUGUGCACUUUUGAGUCACUCACUCUGUGAGGUGGAGGUAGUUGUGACAUUUUUACUGCAUCAAUCCCACCAAUGUGCUUUGUGUUGAACGUCAUUGUGACAUUGCCAGAUGGAGGCCUUGUUUUGGCUUUGCCAGUUCCUCAGAAGUACUGCCACAGACUCAGAAGAUUGUGUGCUCCAACCUUGCUUGCAUACUGAACGAUGUCAAUGCAGCUGUAAAUUGAAUUUAAGGCUUGGUUAGAAACCCCAGCAUGGACCCAUCAAACUCUGUUAUUUUGAGACAGGUCACUGUAUUGCCACUCAUAGAGACGCAUCAGCACAAGCAAGGGAGUGAACAGGUCUGCAAGGAACUGCACCUUGA